UCCUUUGCCCAGGUCUAGGAAGGCUCGACGCCAUUGAAUUCGCCUGACACAGACGUUGGCCGGAGCAGCUUCGAGAUCCAAUGCGGACGCAGCUGAAUACCCCAAUACUAGUGUCGCCCAACUAGCGGCCGCGCGCCGCAACACGGCUGCGCCGUUCUCCGUCGUCCGCCGCCGCGCGUCCACACCUGACGACCCCUCCCUCUUCACCUAGCUACCGCGACGCGUUCUACAGGCCGGCUUCGAGGACAACGGGGCUCGCGCGCAGUUUGUUCUGCAGGCCGGCGUCGAGCCUCCGUAGACCGGCUCCGGUCUGCCUCCUCCAAGGACGCCGGCGGCGAGCUUUGCGAUGCUCGCAAAUAUUCUCCCCUCGGCCGAUUCACCAUGCUCCUGAACAUCUCUCAUUCGACCGUGCUCGCUGGCUGCUCCCGUUCGUGCCUCCUCUUUCUCCCGCGCCAACGGGAGAAAGCUAUUGCCGGACGAAGCUGCACACACUGCGGGGCGAAGCUGCACGGCGAAUCGCAGAUGCUACCAUUGGUCAAGGCCGAUGCUACAAAAGGGCAAGGGGGGGUGAUGUAAGGAUCUCACCAGAGACUGCAACAAUGCGAUGCUACAAUGAUAUGAUUUUGUUGCUUUAAUUAUUCUGCAUUAGUAUAAUUUUUUUACUACUUGAUCUCCAGCGAGGUCUCCAGCAAUGUCUCCGACAAGUUCGAUUUUUUGUGACAAUAGCACAAAAUGUUGCAAUGCUAUAGUAGUAUAUAUUUUUGGCUAUAAUUGUUCUGCUAUAUUGCUAUUUUAGUACUGUACAAAUUUUUGCUAUGACGUCUCCGAUGAAUUAUUGUACUCCGGCGAGAUCUCCGGCGAAGUACGGUGCUUCGGCAGGGCGAAGUCUCCUGCGAGCUCCUUGUCUAACAGGAAGCAGGAGGCUGGAACAAGAUUAUCCUCCGGGAUCCUCACCGGCGCCCUUCGAUAAUCCCCAAAUGUCUUUUUUGCUACUGUAUAAAUUAACUACUGAUCCAGCCGAAGAUUCGGUUCGAUUCUGUUUCCAACGAAGAAUAGAUAAAGAAGAUGAUCGCAGGCAGACGAGAGUGGCGAAAUGCAAGACUUCUCUGCCAUCUCCAUGACUCUAUCACCAACCAAUGAUCCAGACACCUGACCUCGUUCCCGUUCCUAUUAGUUGACCACCCGCAUGUGUAUUGUGUGGAAGCAAAACACUGUGAGUCUGUGACUCUGUGUCCAUGGAGCUCCUUCCUUUCUUCCUCCUGCUGCUCAUCGGCGCCACCGCCGUGGCCCACGGCGAACCGGCGUACCCUGGCUACGGCGACGACGACGCCGAGCCGACGUGCGGCGUGAAGGAGGAGUCAUCAGCGGUGCCCGCGCCGGAGAGGCGCGAGGAGUUCGACGGCGGGCGGAUCCUGGACAUCAGCCACUACUACCGCGAGGACAUGCCGGCGUUCGAGUCGGCGGAGGGCACGCCGGGGUUCCUGCGGCUGGCGCGGUCCAUGCGCAACGGCUCCGACAUCGCCAACUUCUCCGAGCUCCGCCUCACGGCGCACUCCGGCACCCACGUCGACGCGCCGGGCCACGUCUUCGAGCACUACUACGACGCCGGCUUCGACGUCGACACGCUCGAUCUCGCCGUCCUCAACGGACCAGCGAUGUUGGUUGAUGUUCCAAGGGAUAGCAACAUAACAGCUGAUGUCUUGGAAUCUCUGCAUAUUCCUAAAGGAGUCCGGCGUGUUCUGUUUCGAACCUUAAACACCGAUAGAAAGCUUAUGUGGAAGAAAGAGUUUGAUUCAAGUUAUGUUGGCUUCAUGGAGGAUGGUGCUCAGUGGUUGAUUGAUAACACUGACAUCCGACUAGUCGGAAUUGAUUACUUAUCUGUGGGAGCAUAUGAAGAAUGUAUUCCGGCUCAUCUAGUUUUCCUUGGAAAAAGGGAAGUCAUCAUUGUGGAAGCUUUAAACCUUGAGCAUGUUGGCGCCGGAGUAUACACCUUGCAUUGCUUGCCACUAAGGUUGCGCGGCGCUGAAGGCUCUCCAGCGAGAUGCAUCCUCAUCAAGUAACAAACCGUGAGACGUGUUGUCAAGAAAUAAGGGGAUAUACAACCCAUGUGAAGCGAUUUUUCAUAAAACUGAAGGUCGAUCCUCAUCCCACCAAGGCAUCCGUGUGUUGCUUGUAUAAAUAUGAAGUAGCAAAUGUGCGUGUCUAGUUUCCAAUGUACAGUAGAUAGAACAGAGUUUGUUGUUCUGCAAGUAGUACAAGUUUUGUUGUAAAAUUUGGAAGGUACGAACCCUGUAAAAUGCUACUUGGAAGUGACUCGAAAUUCAAUAAGGCUAGGCUCAGGCCAAUCUAGGUAUGCCUUGGCUUGAUGCAGGCCAGUUAAUAAAACACAAUUGAGAAA